AUGGCUGGUGGAACCGUCAAAUAUCGGCAUCUGAGCCGUAACUCAGCAGCCCGGAUGGCCUUGCUGCGCGGUCUUGUCACUCAACUCGUCAAAUACGAACACAUCCACACAACCUAUGCCAAGGCAAAGGAAGCUCAGCGCAUGGCGGAGAAGCUCAUUACACUGGCAAAGAGGGACAAUGAGCCCGCAAGGAGAUCAGCACAGGGUGUUCUAUACUCACCACACACCCUCCUCCCAAAACUACUAGGCGAGCUACGAACCCGAUACUUGACACGAGAGGGUGGCUACACCCGUGUCGUUCGAACCGAAUCCAAGAACACGUACGAUCAGGGCGAGAGCGCUAUUCUCGAAUUCGUUGACGGCCCCAAGGACUCACGCUUUAUGAUGACAGCUAAGACUGUCGCCCGCGAUCGUAUGCUCGGAAAGGACCACACACCAGUUACCAGGACCAACAUCAAGAAGGUCACACAAUUCCGCGGCGAGGAUCCUUUCGAGGAGAUGGUUAAGAAGUUUAUGGUCCUCAAGGCAAACGAGGACACCGGACCAACACGAGAUGAGAGCAGCUUGGCUGAAGUCGAGGCUGAGAAAUCGUUGGACAAGAAUGCUGAGCGAGCAAAGGAGAUGGCGGCGGGCAUCGUGCCAGAGUCAGUGAGAAAAGCGGCGCAACAGAAGAAAUCGCCAUGA